AUGAAAGGAUCCAGCAGUAGCAUUGACCUAAAAGCUCCAGUCUUUGAUGGGGAGAAUUAUGAUUUUUGGAGAAUAAGAAUGACAACCAUUUUCAAAUCCUAUGAUCUAUGGGAUAUGGUUCAACACAGGUAUGAACUACCUGAGAUGGAGAUCGAUGCUCUAGAGGAGGAUCUCAUAGAAACACAACUCAAAACACUGAAGCAGAAUCGGAUGGAGAAUGCUAGAGCACUUGGAAUCAUUCAAGGUGCUGUCUCAGACACCAUUUUUCCGAGGAUAGCAAAUGAAGAGACUGCAAAAGGAGCUUGGGAAGUUUUACAGCAAGGGUACAGAGGAGACACUAAAGUUAGAAAGGUAAAACUUCAGUCCCUUAGAAGAGAUUUUGAGUAUACAAGAAUGAGGGAAAAUGAGCUAUUAAAAGACUACUUCACUAGGCUGUUUGAUGUUGUAAACAAGAUGAAAACAUAUGGUGAGGAACUGCCUAAUGAAAGAAUUAUCAAAAAACUGUUGAUUAGUUUGACUAAACCCUAUGAUUCAAUAGUGAGUGUUAUAGAAGAAACCAAAGACGCUGAAACUCUUAGUGUACAAGAUGUGAUGGCAUCCUUAAGAGCUUUUGAUCAAAGGCUCGAGAGGCAUGCUGACUCUGCACUUGAGAAAGCUUUUCAAUCACUCAAUGUUGGAUCUAAUAGUCAAGCCAGUGCAAGCAAUCAGAAACCACAAUGGAAGGGCAAGAACAAGAAAUGGGAAGGAAAAGGUGGCUGCAGCAACCACAUGACUGCACAUGAGUCAUUAUUCAUUGACAUCGACACAAACUUCACUGGAAAAGUGAAAAUGGGAGAUGGAAACAUUGUCAAAGCCACUGGAAGAGGAACUCUGGUUAUCAACACCAAGAAAGGAAGAAGAUGCAUAAGGGAGGUAAUGCUAGUGCCUGGAUUGGAUGAGAAUCUACUUAGUGUGGGUCAAAUGAUGGAGCAUGGCUAUUUCCUACUCUUUGAGGGAACUGUGGUUGAGAUCUAUGAUGACAAAUCCCUAUCAAACUUGGUGACCAAAGUGGAAGUGAAAAACAGAAGCUUUCCACUUGUGCUGAAGUACUUAGAAGAAAUGGCAAAGAGAGCAAGUGUGACAAGUUCUAUGAAGCUAUGGCACAAGAGACUCGGUCAUUUAAACAUGACAAACUUACAAAAUCUGCAAAAGGAUGAAAUGGUGCAAGGUAUACCAAAGAUGGAUCAAUGCAAUGAAACCUGUGAAGGGUUCAAGUCUGAGGUAUUCACAAUAUUUAAGAAGUUCAAGGCAAUGGUGGAAUUGCAAAGUGGAUACCCAAUCAAAAAGACUGAGAAGUGUGAUAGGAGAGGCUAUGGUACCAGUGAGAAAGGAUACAGAGUUUAUAAUGUGUUGGACUUAGAAGAUAAUCCUAUCAAGGGGAUGUUAUCUUUGAUGAAAACUCAAUGUGGAACUAGGAUACAAUGGUUAGAGGAAAAGGACAGUGUCUCUCUACAAAUUGACCUAGGCAAAAGGCAAACAAGGGAGCCUAUGGAGACCUCAGUUCAAGAAGAAGUCACAGAUAAUGGUGACAUACAAGGGACUCCACAGCAAGCUACUAUGAGUCCACAAUUAAGUCAAUCACAGACAACAACUCCUAGUUCAACUCCAGUAAGGUUGAGAAACCUAGAUAAGAUUUAUGCUACAUGUAAUUAUUGUGUAGUAGAACCAGAAACAUAUGAAGAAGCUGAGAAAGACAAAGCUUGGAAGAAAGCAAUAAAGGAAGAGCUUGAAAUGAUAGAAAAGAAUGACGGAACUUGUAAAUUGACCAAGUGA